AGCGGUGCAAGCGCAAGAAACGUGACACUUGAACAUGGCUGAUAAAACCGAAUCGAACCCGGGUAUUGAGCUGCAGAAUCAAAACGAGCGCGAAGCACCGCCACCAACGGACAAAGUAACUGCCAAAGCUGAAUCCGACCGAAAAUGGAACCUCGACCCGAUACAGCGGGCGAUGGGCCAGCUCGGUUGGUGGCACAUACUGGUGUGUGCCGUCGUAUUCCCGCUCAAGUUCCCGGUAGCUUGGCACCAGAUGAGCAUCAUCUUCCUUGGACCGUCGGUUAACUAUACCUGCGCAUCGGACCCAUCGCUCGAUCGCUGCGAUGCCGAGUGUACGAGCUGGAGCUACGACAACAGCACCUUUGCGACGACCAUCACGAGCGAGUGGGAUCUGGUCUGUGGCAAUGCUAAUUUGGUCAAACUAUCGCAAACCAUCUUCAUGUUCGGCAUAUUGGUUGGAGGUGUCCUGUUCGGCUCACUCGCGGACAAAUAUGGCCGAAGACCUCCGUUGGUAAUUGCGGUCAUUAUUCAGCUCGUAUCGGGAGUUGGUGCAGCCGUUAUUGGUUCGUUCUGGAUAUUUGUGGUGCUUCGUUUCCUUACAGCGGUGGCCACUGGCGGCACUAUGGUGACUAGCUUCGUUCUUGUGAUGGAGAUCAUCGGUCCCAAGUGGCGUGAGCUGUUCUCCGUACUCUACCAGAUCCCGUUCAACCUGGGUCACCUGACGCUCGCCGGGUUCGCUUACUUCCUGCGAGAAUGGCGCCAGCUUCAGUUUGCACUGUCGAUAUUCUCCGUGCUGAUGCUGUCCUACUACUGGUUGGUGCCAGAAUCGCCUCGCUAUCUGUUUACGUCGGGCAAUGUUGAUGGCGCGGUAACGGUGCUGGAGCAAGCUGCCAAACGGAACAACCUGCAGACGGACACGAUCCGGAAUGAUAUCGAGCAGUACGCGAAGGAAAAGUCGCGAACGGCGUCCGCUAAUGCUUCAAAGGGCAACGUGCUGGAUCUGUUCCGUACGCCCAAUAUGCGUGCCAAGACACUGUACAUGUGUUUCAACUGGUUCGUCUGUGGGUUGGCGUUCUUCGGUGUGGCUCAGUAUAUCGGUCAUGCCGGUGGUGAUAUCUACACGAACGUUGCCAUCAGUGCGGCCCUUGAGCUGCCUGGCACACUGCUCUGCAUUUACAUGAUGAAGGCGUACGGUCGCAAGAAGACGCUUAUCUUUUCGAACACGCUUACCGGUAUCUCCAUGCUGGCGAUCGCAUUCGUACCCAGCUCGGCCAGUGCUUUAAAUGUGGGCCUUGCGUCCGUUGGGUUGGUUGGCAUGAGCAUUAGCUUCCCAACGGUGUAUCUCUAUGCGGGUGAGCUUUUCCCGACCGUGGUGCGGAAUGUCGGCAUCGGUACAGCGUCCAUGAUUGCCCGCUUCGGAUCGAUGAUUGCUCCGUUUGUGGCCGGUAUGGGCUCGAUCGCUUACUGGUUGCCACCGUGCAUUUUCGGUCUGGUGCCGCUCCUAGGAGCGUUCUGUGUAUUUUUCCUCCCAGAAACACAAGGUCAUCCACUGCCGGAGACGCUAGAGGAUGGAGAAAACUUUGGCAAACGUGAGUCGGGUACGGGUGUCAAUGGCGUCGAGAGUGGAAAGCAUUAG